AUUUCCGGUUCGAAAGUUUAUUUGAUGCUAGGGCCAGGGUGUAUGCAAUACCGUGAAUUUCUAAAUGAAACCACUCUCUAAAUCAAGGUUGUGAUUAGAUCUAUUUGCAUUUUUUUUUAAAAUCACAACCUAAAUCUAAUCUAGAUCUAGAAAUGCUGACUCUUAGACACAGAGUCUGAGUACUAGAUCUAGAGUCGGACUCUAGUCACUCUCUAAGUCUAACUCUGGAUACUCAAGUUAACACCUAGAUGAGUGCUAGACAGAAUGGAGGAUCUGGAAGGUAUGGGUAGAGAUCUAUGUAAUCCAGCAAUCUUAUUCUAAGGAUGUGUCUCCUUCCCUGCCAAGAAUAGGGGGUCCAUGUCUGCUGCCAUAUAGUGCAGCCAUACACUACAGAAAAGUGCUUACAAGCUUAAUACUCAUCUAAUAAAACCUGAAUUGGUAGAAUUAACAUAUUAAAAUAAAUAUGGAUAAUGAAAAAAUUGAGAGGCUCCGAGAAAGAAUGUUGCAAUGUGCUGUUUGUAUGGAUGAAUACAGAGAUCCUCGAAUAUUACCGUGUCAUCACACAUUGUGCUUUGAUUGUGUCUUUAAUGUUGUCAAUUCAAGCUCAGCAUCUGGUAGACUGUUCAAGUGUCCUCAGUGCCGAUCAGAUGUUUUUGUGCCUCCAGGAGGAAUUGGGGAUCUGCCGAUCAAUUUUUACAUAACAAGCUUGCAAGAUGAACUAGGUGCCAAAGGUUACACUGCUCCUUGCUUCAUCUGUGAUCGUGAUUGGUUGGCUGCUCAGUUCCGAUGUAUGGACUGUGACAUAGAUAUCUGUAGGUUUUGCAUCCAUGCUCACCGGCUGAAGACUCAUAGAGACAUACCAAAGAUUAUAAGAAUUGAAACAUCUCCUAGCAACACACAGCAGGCUUCAAUCAUUAUGUGCGAUGAUCAUGCAGAUGAACUGAUGCAGAUGUUCUGUACUAAAUGUAGUAAGUCUAUAUGUAUCACCUGCUCUGUGAGCACACAUAAACAUCACACCAUUAUACCACUGAACACCAAACUGAAAGAGUCCAAAUCAUUUCUACAAAUGCAAGUAGACACUUUAACACUAGAGAAAAGAAAAGCUGUCAAAACGGCAGAAUGCUUGAAAACUGCCAAGAAUGAAGCAUUAAUAACAUUUAAUAGAUCCAGGCUUGCCCUAGACGCAGUGCACAACAAAGCAUGUGAAAUGAUUAGAAAAAAAAGAUUUGAGAUUGAAAUGGAACUAAGGGACUCCAAGGAUAAACAAGUGAAGUGUAUUGAUAAAGCUUUAAAUGAUUUCACAGUGUACACGAAAGAAAUUGAUCGUGGGUUAGCUUUUUUAUUGGACCUUCUGGAUGAAGAUAUGUGCUUAGAGGUACUUGAUUCCUACAAAGAGUUCUCUCACCAAUUAGAUGCAGUUCGAAGGGAUGUGACUUCGAAUCAUGUCAGGGUAGACCAAAGUAAGUUUUCUCCUAAAAGAACCUCUCGGAUCUUUGACUUUAAUUUUGGUGUCUUCAGAAGCCUUUACCAUUUUGGUAAUUUAGGAUACCUAUACACUAGGGAGUUUUGUCUGUCUGUUCACCCCAAGACUCUGGAGCUCAGUAAGCAUCAUCAAGGUUUGAGUUACAUUAUUAGCAGCCGCCCUGUUCGAUACUUUAUUCAGUUUAUGCUCUCCUUCCUUUUCUGGCAGUUCAUCUUCUUCCUUUGUGACUUCACUGGUAUCUUCAAUCUUGUAGCUGGAGUCAUACUAGCAAUCAGUACUUUUAGUUGGGAAUUUGUCUAUGUCCAUCUUCAACAUAUUCAGAAUUUGUUUAAAAUUUGUAGCUCUUAUUUUUUAAAUUCAGUCACUACUAGUUAAUACUGAUCCUUGAUGUUGUGCAUGUAUUUUUACAGUAAAACUCAUUUUUGCUGGACUUAAAGGACUUGGUUAAGUCCUAUAACUACAAACACAUACACUUUUGGUUUUCUUUGCUUGCUAAUUUUAAUGUGUAUUGAGUAUUACUUUAGAAAUGCUAUAAUAGAAGUUGAAAUAGUUUGUAUUUAUUACAUUAUAUAUAACAAAUGUGUUUUGUCAUAAGCUACAAAUCUCAACUAUAAUCUUUUGUGUGUUGUGUAUUAGAUGAUUAUAAUGUUUUUUUUAAGGCAAGGUUUUAAGAUGUUCAGCUUUUGGCAUUACCACUGUUGAUGUGGCAUCUUUACAGCAUUAUUGUUCAUUGAUUCAAUGUUCAUGGUAAUGAAGAGGAAUGGUGCUGUCCAUCAAUGACCCUGAUAUUUCCAUGUAAAGAUAUUGUGUAUGGUGUUUACUACCAGAUAUGAAUUUAACAAAUUAAUUUUCUGACAAAGUUUUCAAUCCAGCAAUUUAGUCCUGUUAGAUUCAUUUAUGUUUCUGUUGUUUUUUUCAUUGCUGUUGCUAUUUUGAUGUGCCAUAUUAAACUGCCAAAGAUUUUUUUUUUUAAAUAAGUCUUUUAUACUUAUAUAUGUCUUAUCAUAAAAAUGCUUGUUAUGGCUCAGAGGAAGGCUGUGUCUGGUAUUUUAUCCAUUCUGUUUCUCUGACAUUUCAUGCUACAACUAUUGCUUUUUUUUUUUAAGUAAUUUUUACUCUUUCACCUUUUAAGAAAGUGCUUUCAGAGCUGAACAUCUAAUGUAUGUUUUUGUUCAUCUUUAGUUGUUGCAUGUUGCUCAUUAAUAAAAAUGUUGACAAAUGUAAA